AUGAUUUCCUAUUCUCAAGAACAAGAAUCACUUGUCCAGAAUCCAGCUUUUGAUGCCCUCUUCUGUGAGGAAGAAUGUUUUAAUGAAGAUUUGCAAGGUGGGUUUGGGUUCAACGAUUCAGAAAUUGGGGAUUUUGAUGAAAUUUCUAAAAAGCCCUUAGCUUUUCUGUUUGAGCAUGAUCUGUUUUGGGAAAAUGAUGAGCUUGUGAGACUCUUGUCCAAGGAAAAAACACAUGCCCAUUUGAGCUAUGAUGGAAUAAAAUCUGAUGGGUCACUGAAAAUAAUGAGGAAAGAAGCUGUUGAGUGGAUGGUGAAGAAAGAUAAGCCAUGGAUGAGUCAAUUGGCUGCUGUAGCUUGUCUUUCUAUAGCUGCCAAGGUGGAGGAAACUCAAGUGCCUCUUCUAAUAGACCUUCAAGUGGAAGAGUCCAAAUAUGUGUUUGAGUCAAAGACUAUUCAGAAAAUGGAGCUUCUGGUGUUGUCUACUCUCCGGUGGAAUAUGAAUCCUGUGACUCCAAUCUCGUUCUGUGAUCACAUUGCAAGGAGAUUUGAAUUGAUGACUAACCUACACUGCGAUUUUUUGACAAGGUGUGAGAGCCUGAUUCUCUCUAUCAUAAUCGAUCCUAGGCUUGUGCAAUAUCUUCCAUCUGUUAUAGCUGGUGCAACAAUGAUAUACAUGAUUCGGGAAAUAGAACCAUGUAAUGCAAUGGAAUACCAAAAUCAGCUUAUGAGUGUGCUAAGAAUCAGCAAGGAAAGAAUUGAUGAUUGCGAUAAACUAAUCCUUGAGGUAAUGGAAGAUCAUGGCCACAGACCUUGCCAAAAGCGCAAACACAAUGAUAUUAUAAGCAGUCCAAAAGGCGUCGUCGAUGCAUAUUUUUGCUCUGAUAGCUCUAAUGAUUCGUGGACAGUCGGGUCAUCUAUUUCAUCUUUACCGGAACCUAUAAUUAAGAGAAGCAGAGCUUGUCUUUAG